UGCCUCGCCGAACAGCUCCUAGGCCUCGAUUGGGGAUGGGGAUCCGGCUCCGGCUCCGGCUCCUGCUCAGUCCGAUCGUGUCGUUUGGGUCGUGAACACCUAACAAAUUAUCGUGUUCGUUUGUUCCGUAGUCGGCUUCUUUUGGCUUCCGUUCGAAAUUCCUGUUUGUGAUGAAACUUCUCCGAGGCCUUGUGGGUCGGCUGGUGGCCAAGCCCCAGUGCACGGUGUCCGUACUGAGUAGGUCGCUUACCACCGAACAGAAGAUGAAAGCCCGGCGCAUAAAGUACACAUGCCCGCCCAGGAGCACGCCGACCGUGUGCGACGAAGAUCCUUGUGACGGCCCCCCGCCCCGAGACCUCACCGAUUACCGGCCCAGCGACAAGGCCCUGCGGAGGUACCAGCGCACCUGGCGGGAGAGCUAUCCCGUGCCGCAGCCUCACUUCCGGAAGAAGAAGAUCUAUCCGACGCAAGCGAAACGAUCCCGCGGCACGAUGAACAGGCCCCAGACGGCGUGCAAGCCGGACGUGCCCGAGCACACCGGAGCCCGCAUCAAGCCAGAACAGCUGAUGGACGUUCAGAGGAUCGGCGCCAUGCCCUGCUGCAAGUUUUCUUUGAUCCACUGUCGACUUGUGAGGAACCCUCCCUCGUGCAACCUCCACUUCCGGCCUUCGUGCUGCACGAAGCGACCCACGAAGUACCCGAGCUUCUCGGAGUGUCGCAAGCCCGAGCUCCAGGAGCCGCUUCCGUUCUGCGAGUGCGUCAAGAAACCCUCGAUCUGCGAUAUGUGGGCCUACUAUCGCCGCAGAUACAGGGGCUGGUGA